UUAGUCUUGAUAAGAACUCCAAACGGCGACAGCGAAGGCACCCUAAUUAGGAAAUCCACCUCCACACUUGGAACAGGAAUCCGAAGGCUUCCCUAGCCAGCAACUCAUCCACGCACUGAGAAGUUGUAUGCAAUCGCAGGUAGGCUAAAGUCACACACUUCCUAAAGACCCAACAAACCGCUUGGCGAUCGACGUUCUCACUUCCAGCACAGGGAGACAGAGAAAACAGAAGAGAAAAAAAGAAAGAAAGAUAGAAAAAGCGCAGCUAGUGUAAGUCGGAAUCGGCGUUCAGAUGUUGAAGCAGCAGUGUGUAAUGCUUGCGAUUCGCUUAUUGCAGGUCGGAACGGAGACAGAUGGAUGAGGUUUGGUCGCCGACCGCGUUUGCUAGGAUAGCGGUGAGACAUAGGGUUGCUCAUAUCGGACACUGAGGCCGUCCGGGGCAUUUGAACGUCUGACUGCGGGACGGCGACUAGCUAGAGGAGUGAGGUUUCGUCUCUGGAACUCUAGUAUUAUGCCAGGGCAAGGUAGAGGCCCAGCCUUCCGCAUUGUACCCUGACCCACUUUACGUAAACUCCCCCCCCCCCACCUCUCUUUCCAGUUACACUCGCUUAGCGGCCAGGUCGCUCGCGAGGUUACCCAAUCUGUCGUAGGGGGUUCGUCGAUCAAUUUUUGGUUGCGCUUGGUAUCGAAACCGAGGUUGUCCAUGGCGAAGGAUGUCGCGGCUGGAGCAGGAGGUUUGAGUUUUUGGAGUUGCUGGUCGUCGCCUGCGUCUCCGCCCAGUGAAGGUUAGGUAGAGAGCUUAGGCAGUGAGCGUGGCGCAUUCUGGGGCGGGGAGAAUUGGCUGGGCGUGAUAUUGCCGAGGUUUGCUACAGUUGUGGAGUCGGAACAGCAGCGUGCGGGAGGAGGUAUUUUUCUUGGAGGUUAGGAAGGGGCUGUGGCGCGGCGGGGCUAGGUCGGGAGGGCAUGAUCGGAUGAAGAGCGCGAAUUGGAUGUCGGAGUUCAGCUCGCGGUGUGUUUUGUGUUUCUGUUUGGAGGGAGCGUAGUCCGGGGGAGGGGGUGAGUGAUGGGGCGGGGGAGGCAGAGGAUUGAGAACCCGCCGUGGAGGCAGAAGCCUGGCAGCGGAGGGGACGGGAGCUUUUCGGCGUUGGGGUUGGAGGAGGGUCCGGUGUUCUACCCUACGGAAGAGGAAUUCCGCGAUCCUUUGCAGUUUAUUGCGCAGAUUCGAGAGCAGUCGGAGCCGUAUGGCAUCUGUCGUAUUGUGCCUCCCGAGUCGUGGAAGCCUCCGUUCGCUAUCGAGUCGGAGUCGUUCAUUUUCCCGACCAAGCACCAGUCCAUCCACCAGCUUCAGGAGAGGACCGCUGCGUGCGAUAGGGACACGUUCAAGCUGGAAUACAGCAGGUAUUUGGAGAGAGAGGGGAGGCAGUUGGAGGCUUGGCCCGUGUUGGAUGGAGAGGCUCUGGAUUUGUGCAAGCUUUACAACGCCGUGAAGCGGCACGGUGGUUACAAUAAUGUUAGGGAUGAGAAGAAGUGGGCGGAGGUGUUUCGGAUGGUGAGGGACGACUCUCUCCAGGCCCCCGUCGCCACGGACUCGGUGUUGGCGUGUCUGCGCGAGGUGUACGAAUCCCAUCUUCACGGCUACGAGGUGCACCAGGCCAAUGUGAGCGCCGGUAAGCUGCUGCGCAUGAGCAAGAGCCGGGGGAUGGACAAGACGAAGCACGUGGGGAGGAAGAGGCAGGGGGAGGAGGAGCAGCAGGAGGAGAUGCAGGGUGGAAAGAGGAGGAAGAGCGGGGAGGGAGUGGAGGUGGUGGCGGUGGAGUCGGCGGGCGUGACGGCGGCGGGCAUGGAGGAGCAAAGGGUGGAUCAGAUAUGCGAGCAGUGCCACAGCGGAGCGUACGAGAAAUCGAUGCUGCUGUGCGAUCGGUGCAACCGAGGAUGGCAUCUGUAUUGCCUGUCCCCUCCGCUGUCCGCCAUACCUCACGGGAACUGGUACUGCUUGGAGUGCCUGGCAUCGGAGAACGACAGUUUCGGGUUCGCGCAGGGGAAGGAGUACUCAUACGAGUCGUUCCAGCGUUUUGCGGACCGGUUCAGGCGCAAGUGGUUCGCAUCGCGGAGCAGCCCCCCGAGCAACUCCGAUGUGGAGGCGGACUUCUGGCGCAUAGUGGAGAGAGGGACAGAUCCGGUGGAGGUGCUGUACGGGAGCGACAUAGACACGGGGCUAUACGGGAGCGGGUUUCCACGAGCCUCGGACCGCGUACCGCACGGGUUUAAGGCGGAAGUAUGGGAGGAAUAUGUGAAGGACCCAUGGAACCUGAACAACUUCCCGAAGCUGGAGGAUUCGAUGUUGCGGAUGGUGCAGGAUGACAUUCCGGGGGUGAUCGUGCCGUGGUUGUACAUGGGGAUGAUGUUCUCGUCGUUCUGCUGGCACUACGAGGACCACUGUUUCUACUCGAUCAACUACUUGCACAGAGGCGCGCCGAAGACAUGGUACAGCGUUCCCGGGAGCGCUGCGACGGAGUUCGAGCAGGUGAUGCAGAAGUCUUUUCCGGACCUGUUCGAGGCACAGCCAGACUUGCUGUUUCAGUUGGUGACGAUGCUGAACCCAACCGUGCUGCGGGACAGCAACGUGCCUGUGUGCACCACGACACAGGAAGCUGGACAUUUUGUGAUAACGUUUCCAAGGUCGUACCACGGGGGCUUCAAUCACGGGUUCAAUUGUGCGGAGGCUGUGAAUUUUGCUCCAGCAGAUUGGCUACCGAUGGGUGGAUUCGCAGUGGAGCGGUAUCGGCUUUACCACAAGCGAGCCGUGAUUUCUCACGACGAGUUGCUGUGUGUGGUUGCCAAGAACAAGAUCAGUGCAGAGGCAAAGCCCUACGUGCGGAAUGAACUGGUGGCGAUAAUCAAGAAAGAGCGCGCUCAUCGCGAGCAGCUUUGGGCAAAUGGUGUAGUAAGGAGUGCACGGAUGCCUCCUCGAGCAUGCGAGAAUCACAUCAGCACAGAAGAGGAUCCGAUGUGCAUCAUUUGCCGUUACUACCUGCAUUUGUCUGCAGUAGUGUGCAGUUGCCGCCCUUCGAAGGCCGUCUGUUUACAGCAUGCUCGGCAGCUGUGCGAAUGUCCGGCAGAGCAGCAGAUGCUGUUGUAUCGACACUCUCUUGCCGAGCUGGACGACCUGCUGGUGGAGAAAGAGAGCGCAGUCGAUAUUAAGGUUGGAGACCUUGCUGCGCAGUCUGAGCCUACGAAACGCAGUGUGCGUCGUGGCGCUCCUCCCCUUACCCAGUCCAUGUCUAAAAAGGUGUUGGGCCGAGUGCUGAGGCAGACGGAUCUAGCGGAAAAGUGGCUGGAAAAGGUGCAGCGAGUAUCACACGCGAGUCCAACGAUCGAGUUUUUGGAAAGCGUGCUCCGAGAUGCGGAGCAGUUCCUAUGGGGGGGUCAUGAGAUGGAUGAGGUGAGGAAGGUGGAGAGGAAGCUGGCAGCAGCCCGGAGGUGGGCGGAUGAAGUGGCGGAAUGUGCCGUUUCGGUGAAUGACGGACGGGUUCCCAAAGUUACGUUCCGUGUGUUGGAACGUUUGGUGGGCACGGAGCCGGUGCCAUGCAUCGAGUCUAAUCUCGCGUUUGUGAAGAUGCUGUAUGAAGACGCAAAGCGGAUGCGGGAGAAGAUAACGGGGUUUGUGUUGACAGAGCCAUGCCUGCAGGUAUGGGAUUACGCGAGCAUGAUGGUGGUGGGCGUGUGAUGCGAGUGUGCGUGUUGCGGUUGAUUAUGUUGGAGGUG